CAACUGUGCAUUGCCAAAUUUUAAAAUUAUCAUUGCCCAGCUAGAAUGUCAUUUCACUCCGCACCACCAAACAAUUCUCGGAAUCGACACGUGAGCCGGCGUGCCACGCGGUGGGAAGGUGCACAUUCCGGCCUCCGUUACUGCACGUUCGCGUCGUGAGCAAAGUUCAGACGACUUAAUUCAUAAUAUCAUAUUUACUGCUGCAUUCCCGUUCUCUUUGUUGUCAUUAUUCCAGUCGUUGUCGCACCGCGGGAGAUCACUUCGGAGGAGCCAAAUCACCGUACUUGACCCUGAAACCCGCGCCUCAAUCCUCGAGAUCCAAGCACGGAUGCCCUGAGUGUCGUCGCUUUUCCCGCCUGGACCACACAGCCUGCGCAAAGCACGCGAACAAUGGCCGACGAAGACAACAAUAAUCAUAACUCAACUGCAACGACUCCACCACGUCCUUCACGAUAUCGCUCACAGCGCCGUGCCGGGCAUCACACUGACGACGCGACCAAUGACGUCCCGGUCCCGAGCCUGCCUCAGGACGGCGCAGGAAUCGCCCAGUCCCGAUCACGAUAUCGCCGCAAGACAUCCGAUCCCUCGUCACCACCGCCAGCAACGAAUAAUGUCCGACCCGCGACUCGCGACCAGCAUAAUCCGGACCUGCCAUCUCGGUACCACCCCAAGCCUGCCCACGACCAGCUGAAGCAAGGCGAUCCAACCCAGGACUUCCCGCUACCGCCUCCUUCUCGGGCGCGCACCUACACCGGUCCCUCGCACAAAGAUGUCCGACCAGCGCCGACCUCCCCUCCUUCCUCGCGACCUCCUCUGGCGCGCAUCAAUAGCGGUGAUGAGCCAGAUUCGGGAGUCGAGUUCGAUCGUCGCGAACACGCGCAAAGGGAUAAGCCUCCCACACGAUCGGUCACGAACCCGAAUACCUCGAGCCGUUCGCGACAAGCAGCAGUAGCCACUGCACCUCUUGCGCCGAUUGGACAGCUCUUUCCGCCGCCCAAGCCGGUCGAGGUACUCGCUGCGGGACAGGGUCCACCACGCUCCGACCAGAUCCGAGCUACAAAGAGCAUGGGCGAGAUACCGCAAGCAGCCAGCAAUACAGGGAGCUCGCUCUUUGCAAAAUUCAAACGGAAGAAGGAGGAUGCGCCUCCACCUGUGCCAGCGCUGGACAAGUCAAUGAUCUCGAGGCCCGUAACUGGGAAGAAUGAGCCGAACGCCAUCAUUGCAGGUGGUGGCGGUAUUGUGCCCGGCACCGAUGCGCCGGUUUCGGCAGUCAACGCCGGAGACCGCCGUGUCAUGGUUGAAUGUGGUCGGUCACGUAAUUUGUUUCCGGUUACGCCCACGACUACGCCGGUCGAUCUCAUUAAGAGUGCGGCCACGGUCAUGUCGGAGAAGAUUGACGUCAAAUCGGCCGUGCUUCUGGAAUACUUCAGUACAGUGGGGGUUCAACGGCCGCUUCGUCGAUACGAGCAUGUCCGAGACGUCAUGAACAGCUGGGACUUUGAUCACCAGAAUGUCUUGAUUUUGAUAGAUCCUGGAGUCGGCUCCUCCGAAGUCGAACUCAGCCUCGCCGGAGUACCGAAAACGAAGCCAGAAGGUGCAAAUUGGCUGCUGUACAUGUCGCAAAAGCCCGGGAAAUGGGACAAGCGAGUGGUGACGCUAAAGCCUGAUGGACAGCUUACAUGUCACAAAGAAGCCGACAAGGUGAAGGACGUCACCAAUGUAUGCCACAUCAGUGACUUCGAUGUCUACACUCCGACUGUGGAGAAAUCCCGCAAGAAGAUCAAGCCUCCGAAAAGAUAUUGCUUUGCCGUCAAGAGUCAGCAAAAGACCAGCAUGUUCGAGUCGACGCAAGAUUUCGUUCACUUCUUCUCCACAGCAGACAAGCUUACGGCAGAUAGCUUCGAACGGUCCAUUCAGAGCUGGCGAAGUUGGUACCUGUACAACGUUCUAGGCGAGGGACAGCAGGCUGCCGCUGCCGCACCUGUGCCGGUUGCGUUGGGUCGCUCGAAGACGAAAAGGCGGUCUGCCAGCAACGAUCCUGUGCAUAGUCAUCGACGCAAUGAAUCAACCGCCUCGCAUUAUCAACUCGGCUCUUUCAUGCCCCUCUUCGAUUUGAACCAGUUUGAGAAGGGCGCUGAGCCCGAACGACCUAUUCAAACUGCUCCGUUAGCGGCAUCUGCGUUUCCAAAAGCAGCUGCUCACUCUGAGACCCACGCUAUGACGGAAAGGAGGACGGGUACAGUGAGAACGAAGCAUCCUCCGGUGGCAUUGCAAAAGAAGACAAUCCUGCGAGACGACGAACCGCUUGCAAACCUCACACGCCACAAUUCCGUAGGCAAGAACAAUCGUUCGUCAUAUGACCAGAAUCGUCGCGAAAGUCUGGAAUUUCGUGCCGACGGAUUGCUUGGUAGGCAAUAUUCUUUACGCCAGAAGGAUCAAACAGACCGUACGGAGCAGCAGCCACAGCCUUUCACAAACGGUCCAAAUCUGCUUAAUGGUGGCGUGGGAGUGAGUGGGACAGCGGGCGACGGCAUCCGUCGCCAGACCUCUCUCCGAAACACGAACGGCGAGCCUCGGAGAUCAUCGUCCGUCCGCGAUCACAACGGAGCCUUUCGCCCUCGUGAAGCCUCUGUCGACUUACACCGCUCUGACUCGCGCUCCCGCGAUGCUCCACGACCUCUGAUCGACUUGACGCCAACCUAUCGAGAACCGCCUCAACAUGCCCGCAAAGGCAAAGGUUUCGUCCCCGAGUCCACCCGCUCGGGUGCUCUCAUCGAUAACGCGACCUCACCUGAAGAUCCACUCGGGGUCCCACCUAGCACCGACUGGCGUCAACGCAACCGUUCCACAUCCACAGACACAACCCCUAUCGGCCAAGACUUCAACCGCAGCCGUUCUGUGCGCCGGCCAACCAUUACCGCCGCCGCCGCGCCGUUCACAGGCGAAGGUCUACUGGCCGGUGCCCAAGCACAACAAGGCUGGGGCGAAGCGAAUCGUGGUCGAGGCGUAAUGGACGGCAGCCAGGCAAAUGGCAAGCCUAUGAUCGAACUCAAUGCGGAUAGUGCAUUUGUGCAGGGCAGUCUAUUGGGACGAGUGGAGAGAGAUCAGGGCGGUGUUGUCGCGUCGCUGAUGGGGCCCAUUGAUCGGGAGAAGAGGAUUGAGAAGCUGGAGAAGGUUGGGGAGGGUUUUUAG